AUGUCUAAGACGAUGUAUCAAGUCAUUUUGUCGGACUUGAAUUGGACGCCCAUCGUUCAGAUCAUCACUUGGUUCACUCUCGUAACUAGUCUUCUGGCGUUCUUGACGCAUGCCGGCAUCAAGUUCUACGUGUUUCGGACGUUGACGAUCGAGUCAUGGCUGGUACUUGCAGCCUUGAUAUUUUGCGUCGCACAAUCUGUCGCUGUAUUGCUACAAGCACACUACGGUUUCGGGAAACCGAUCGCGACCUUGAGUGGAUAUCAGAUUGAGUCGAAUCUCAAAAGCGAAUAUGCCGCAAUGAUACUCUUCAUUGUCUCCCUCGGCUUCUCGAAGCUUGCUGUCGUAGCGUUCGUCCAUCAUCUGACUCCAUCCGAACUCCACCGCAGAAUCAACUUCGGCGUCUUGGCUCUUAUAAUCUUGUGGCUGGUUUGUUCUGUGUUGGUCGCAGCAUUCGAGUGCCGGCUGCCACGGCCAUGGGACAGAACAUUGGAUCGGUGCAUCGACCGUUUGACCUGGUGGAAUACCGUCUCAUGCUUCAAUAUCAUGACAGAGAUCGCGAUCGUGGCCUUGGAAUUAGGCAUCACAGCGCAACUUCACAUGCGACGGCAACGGAAAGCAGCGGUCAUGGCCUUGUUCUCAUGUCGGUUACUAGUUCUUGUUGCUGCUGCGGUUCAGCUUAGCUUCUUCAAUCGCGACAGCACCAAUUCCGCUUUGAAAGACGAUAUGACACUCGGUUACUGGCGCUCGUCUAUCAGCAACCAGAUUGUGCAAUGCUUUGCUAUCGUCACUACAUGUCUUCCGUAUACCAAGCUAUUCAUGGAGGGUUUUGAGUCUGGACUUAUGCGAUUGGACGAUCUGCGCCGUCGAGGAGAGCAAACCUCCAAAGACGACAGCAAAGGAUACCAACUCAUGGACAUAUCGCGAUCGGGACGCUCCGAAAAUUCCAGACCCUCAUACAGCGGGCCGGAUAGGAGCAUCCAAGUAUCGAAGAGUUGGGCAGUGCAAGUAGAACCAGUAGCCCGCAUGCCGGCUACAACAAUACUGCAGUAA